UUUUACACGAUGUUAAAGUUUAUCAACUUCACUCUUUGGUUAAUAUUUAGCAUACUCUCUUUUGGAAUUUUAACUUAUGAAAUGGUUGUGGAUGAAACAAUUUCAAAUGCAAAUGCAUCAAUCAUCAAGACAGUUGAGAGUGAUAAUGACGAGAUCAUCUAUUGUUACGAUGUCCACAAACAACCUGCUUUCAGUAAUCCUUUGUUUCGUAAUCAUCCAAUACAGAUGAGACCAAGUUCAUACCCUCAGGGAGUACAACCGAAAGAACAUAAGAAAUUUGAGCUAACACAAAUUUGGCAUAAGUAUGGAUUAUGCCCAGAAGGAACUGUGCCCAUUCGAAGGUCCGGAAAGAAUUACCAUUCAGACCCAAUACUUUCGAGUAAACAUCUUCACCCAUCAUCUUCAAACGAUGUUACUAAUACCAACGAGUUUGCGUCAAUCACUCCGGUAGGUGACAAUUUUCAAGGAGCACAAGCGACCAUUAACAUUUGGAAACCACUAAUUGAACAACCGCAGGAAUUUAGUGCAUCCCAAAUUUGGAUUUCAGCGGAUAACAAAGAAGUUAUUGAAACAGGAUGGGACGUCCACAAAAGCUUAUACGGUGACGAGUUGCCAAGGAUUUUUGUGCAUUGGACGGCUGACCAUUAUAAUAGCACAGGUUGCUAUAAUAUCCAAUGCCCAGGCUUUGUGCAGACAACAUCGAAGAUCUCUCUCGGUUCCAGCUUCGAUAAAAUAUCCAUUUUCCAUGGCACCCAGUCUUCCGCCGACUUCGUAAUGUUUAAGGAUAAAUCAACUGGAAACUGGUGGGUACAAGUACAAGGUGUUGAUGUGGGAUAUUGGCCACAUUUUCUUUUCAAGCAGUUAUCAACGAAAGCAACAAGAAUAGAUUUUGGUGGACAAAUUGCCAACACUAAACCUAAUAUGAGGCAUACAAAGACUCAAAUGGGUAGUGGUCAUUUUCCUUCAGAAGGGGGUUUUGGAAUAUCAAGUUACUUUCGCCGAGUUAAAGUAUUUGAUGGAAAUUAUGAAGCCAAAGUUCCUGGAACUGUUUUCAUGAUUCAAUCAAAUACAAAUUGCUACGGUUUGAAACUCGGCCAGACUGAUUGGAGUGGCAUAAUUUUCUACUAUGGAGGUCCUGGUUUUUCCAGCACUUGUCAAUGAUGUCCAAUUUCAGUUUUAGUUGCCUAAGACGCAACAAAUAAAGAUUAUCUCAAACUAAUAAGUAUUAUAAUAAUAACUAUUACCUUCUUAAUUUUCUAUAUAUUCCUUAUAAUUCUAAUUUAUGUUAUUGAAAUUAAAGACGAGAAUACCAAGAAUACCAAUUUAUUUUAAUUGGUACUCUCUAUAU